AUGAGCAUGGUAAAGAGCCGGGAGCGGCUGGAGCAGCGGCUGGCGGGGAUGGUGGCUGCCCCGGAGACGUCUCCAGCCUGGUCUGCACUGGGAGAGGAGGGGCUGGCGACCACGAAACAGGACAAGAGCCAUGGGCAGGAUGAGGCAGACUGCAGGCCAAAGCUGAUCCUCCUCAACGGGGACUGCACCAAUCCUGCUACGCCCAGCGUUGUACUGGAGGCGAAUGGGAAGCCCAGUACUCCAGAUCCCAUGGACCUCACGCUGUUGCCUCUGCAGAACAAGAAGGACAGCAAUGGAGACCUCUCCAAGGAGGACCUGGCCUGGCCACUUGGCCUGGCGGGGGUGCAGAAGGCAGGGCAGGCCCGGCACGUGACGAGGAUCAAGGAUCGAAGCAGUGUGGAGGCUCUCAGGGACCUGCGAACUCCUGUGCGGGGCUCCAGGCGUCGCUCAGCCGUGUCCACACCGCUGACCAUCGACCUGACAGAGGAUGACUCCCGGGACUCAUCCCAGAGCAGCAGCACACUCUCUGGCAGCAGCUCCCAGGAGGGGCAGAAUGGCUCUGCCGAGCUGGGGGCUGAGGAGUCAGAGAGCAGAGACGUGGGGAUGGCACUGGAAUACCAGGAUGGGAAGGAAUUUGGAAUUGGGGAGCUCGUCUGGGGGAAGAUCAAAGGUUUCUCCUGGUGGCCUGCGAUUGUUGUCUCCCACAAAGCCACGGCCAAGCGCCAGGCUGUGUCAGGCAUGCGGUGGGUGCAGUGGUUUGGAGAUGGAAAGUUCUCUGAGGUUUCUGCGGACAAGCUGGUGGGACUGAUGGCCUUUAGGCAGCAUUUCAAUUCUUCCACGUUCAAUAAGCUGGUGUCCUACCGGCGCGCCAUAUACCAUGCCCUGGAGGUUGCCCGGAGCCGGUCGGGGAAGACGUUUACAACUGGCCCCAGGGACUCGCUGGAGGAGCAGCUGAAGCCGAUGAUUGACUGGGCAAUCACUGGCUUCAAACCCCUGGGGCUCAAGGGACUGCAGCCACCCAAAACCUCAGAAAAUGGGGUGCUGAGGAAUGGGACGGAGGAGGUGCUGUCCCUUGAACAGUAUCCCCCCACCAAGAGGCUGAAGAGCUACCCCUGCAACAAUGGCAAGGAGCAGCGUGUGGAAGAGGACCAGACCCGAGAACAAAUGGUUUCCGGAGUUACGAACAACAGCGGGAAGCUGGAAGACAGCUGUUUGUCCUGCGGGAGGAGGAACCCGGCCACCUUCCACCCACUGUUCAAAGGAGGCCUCUGCCAAACGUGCAGGGAUAGAUUCCUGGAGUUCUUCUACAUGUAUGAUGAAGAUGGUUACCAGUCCUACUGUGCUGUCUGCUGUGCGGGCAAGGAGCUGCUGCUCUGCAGCAAUUCCAGCUGCUGCAGGUGCUUCUGUGUGGAGUGUCUGGACGUGCUGGUGGGGCGAGGGACAUCGACCAGAGCAAAAAUGCAGGAGCCCUGGAACUGCUACAUGUGCUCACCCCAGCAGAACUACGGGCUGCUGCAGCGCCGGGAGGACUGGAACACCCGUCUGCUGGACUUCUUCACCAGUGACAAGGGACAGGAAUAUGCUGCACCCAAAAUCUACCCAACAGUCCCGCCAGCAAAGAGGAGACCAAUCCGAGUGCUCUCGUUGUUCGAUGGGAUAGCAACAGGACAUCCAGGAGCAGCCACAUCGAGCUCUGCUGACGAAGGAGACCGGGAGGCCAAAGAGAGCAGUGCGACCUCAGACCUCUGUCCAUUGGCAGGGUACAUGGUGCUGAAGGACUUGGGCAUCCAAGUGGAGAAGUACAUCGCCUCGGAGAUCGGCGACGACCCCAUUGCGGCGGGCACCGUGCGGCGGCCCGAGGGCAAUAUCACCUACGUGCACGAUGUCAGGAACAUAACCAAGAGAAAUAUUGAGGAGUGGGGUCCUUUUGACCUGGUGAUCGGUGGAACCCCCUGUGAUGACCUCUCCCUUGUCAAUCCAACCAGGAAGGCGCUGUUUGGUAAGGCUGCUUCACCUCUGCUGAGCUGGGUACCCCAGGGUGUUCUGGGUCAUGGAGCCACCUUACAGCCCAGGGAAGUGUUUCAGCCCCAGGGUGUGUUGGUGGUGGCUCCUUAUGGCACCUGCAGAGCACAGGCUGUUUCCGUGCCUGCUGUGGUGGAGAGGGCAGCCAGGCCCCCCCGGCACCCCAUUCCCGAUGCCUCAGCUGGUCCCAACCUGCUGCUCUGCUUUUUCCCUGCAGAAGGAAGCGGGAGGCUGUUCUUCGAGUUCUACCACCUGCUCAACUACGCCCGUCCCAAGGAAGGCGAGGAGCGGCCCUUCUUCUGGAUGUUUGAGAAUGUGGUGGCCAUGAGGGUCAAUGACAAGAGGGACAUUUCCCGGUUUCUGGAGUGUAACCCAGUUAUGAUUAAUGCGAUCAAGAUAUCUGCUGCCCACCGAGCUCGUUACUUCUGGGGCAACCUCCCGGGGAUGGACAGGAUCUUCGGCUUCCCCCUCCACUACAAGGACGUCUCCAACAUCGGCCGCGGGGCUCACCAGAAGCUGCUGGAGAAAUCGUGGAGCGUCCCGGUCAUCCGGCACCUCUUCUCCCCGCUCAAGGAUUACUUUGCCUGUGAAUAGCAAGCCGAGCGUCCCUCGUCUCUCUGGUAAAGGUGCACAGCGCCGCUGCUGUGGCGGGAGAGGGACGGGCACGGCUGCCAGACUGCCAGGGCCCCGUCCCUCCCCGGCCACGUGCUGCGGGACGGCAGCCUGGCCCUGCAGGGAGAGCCGUCUGUAACCAAAGAACCUGGCAGGGUCACUUCUUUAAAGGGACUAAUGGCAGUGAUUCGUAGGAAAUGAUGGACAAGGAGCUUUAAUUACCCAGCGCAGGAGCUCUGUGCAUCACUGAUGAGAUGGGGAGUCUCCUCCACAGCAUUAACUAUUCCCGUUGAGCCUGGAGCUGGGAAGUCACCACUUGCUGAGCAGUCAGUGUGGGGGCAGCUGCCAGGGAGCUGCAGGCAAACCUGAACUACAGUGAAUUAAUGCUUUUCCUAAACAAACAAAACCUCUUGAAGCAACUGCCAAAAACCCCCAAACCAUAGCAGCAGGUGUAGGGGACCCUGCUCAGGUUACACACUGAACACAGGAUUAUACAGAAACCAAAUCGUUUUUAUUUUUAUUUUUUUUAUAAACUUUACUUUUGUUGUUUUAAUGUCUAUUGCUGCUUUUAAGGCAUUACAUAAGAAUGUGGAGAUUCCUAGACCUGAAUGUAGCUGAAACUGAACUGUGAGGUGAUAGAAUUACUUUUCUAGCUAGAACUGAAGAAAUACUGUUUUAUGUGUUUGGCUGUAGUUUACAGAUAUUCACUACUUCCUUUUUAAAGCAUCUAAAACCUCUCCUUACAUUUUAAAAUCCUGCUGAAUGGCUUGAAAGCUUACACAGUAAUUGGAGCAGGGAGGAUUUGGUCUCCAGUGUCUGUAAAGGAAGAUGUUCUUGGAGCAUCCAUUUCCCAAAUGAAUGUGGUAUGUCAGCAGGAGGGACAGCGUAGUGGUCAAUGGCAUCCUCAAACCGCAGCCCCCCCAAAUGUCACGUACCAUAUCAUGAACCCGAGCAGCAGUAGCAGGGUGUUGGCUGUGGGGCAGGGGGUUCCUUACAGGGAAAAUCCCACCCGACCCCUUUGGGGGUGCAAGGUCCAGGAGUGCAGCACCACUCUUGCCCGUGCUCAUCUCGUGCUGUGGGCAGGGGGAGUGGACCCUGAGGGGCAGUGAAGUGAGAAAGCUGUGGGGGGGCUGUGUGUGUCCCCCCACUGCAGGCACUGCCACUGCUGGGGGGUCUUGGGGGUGCAGGCAGGGGCUGCACCUCUCCUCCUCUGCGCAUCUGUCUCCCUGUGCAUCCCUGGGCAGAGGUGGGAUGCUGCUGGUGCUUGUGUGCCCAGCCCCAGCCUGGCAGUGCCCUGGGGGCUCCCGUGGAUGUAUGAACAAACUGGAACCUCCUGCAGCCACCAGUGUGCUCACUUUUGAUUGCCUUCCUCUGCUCCCCAACUUUGCCAGACUGAUUCUCCCGCUGUCCAUGAAGACCUGGGCGUGCUGUGGCCAUAGCCAGCAUCCAGGGAGGUGUGGGUGCCUGCCUCCAUUCCCACCAGGUUUUCCUUAGCCACUGGGCUGCUGCCCCAGCAGGCAUCUCUAAAGACUCUGAAUUCCAAUGCACAUUUCAAUGCACUGAAACAGCUUGUGACAUUCCCCUGUCCUCUGUCCUCCCCUACCUCUGCUGGUCACCUGUCACCUGGCUCUGGCAGAGCCCUUCAGUGCCUUCUCACAAUUAAUUGGGUCCAAACCAUGGGACAACUCACCCCCCUGAUUGGUGCUAGGCUGUCUUGCAAGGUGUUGUACAGCAUCAGUGGGAAGUGAGAGCCUCUCUUCCAGCUCCUUCUACCUCUCUGACACGCUGGGACCCCCUGGCACCCCUGUCUCAGCUGGUGGAGGAUGGCAGCCUCUCAUUUUCCACCCUUGUGUGCAGCUUUCCACCCCAGCUCUGAGGAUCAUUUUCUCUUGGUCACCCCAAGGCUGUACUUGGGAAUGGGCAGAAAAGGAAGCCCAGGUAGUUUAAAGGCUUUUUUUCCUGUUUUAACCUGGAAAUUACUCUUAAAAAGUCUUCCUUGAGGGGUUCAUUCUCCAUGACAUAUAUUCAAGCCCCACACCUUUGUCAAGAAAAUGCUGCAGAAAGCCAAGUGAGCUGCUUCAUGUCACUUCCUGGGGACAUGUAGCACUGUCUUGUCACCAGGCCCUGGGCUGGGAAGAUGGCAGGGUGGGUUCUGUGUGUGCUGAAGGUGUUUGGGAAGCCUUGGCAUUGCCACUGCUGCACUGGCUGGUUUUGAACCCCUCGCCAACCUCUCUGAUCCUUGUGUCCAGCUGGAGCCCAGCCACAACACUAAUUCCUCAUCCCAGCUCCUUGAAGUUCCCGUUCAGAGCCCAGCACGGGGCCUGUGGGUGACAGGCGUCCUCUGCUCUGCACCCCUCUGAUGGGUUUGAUUUUUCCAAACUGGGCAAACACUCAGUGGAGUGUCCUCCAUUCCACAGCAUCCCUGAUCUUAUACUCCAAAUCUCACAUCCUUUCCUAUCUGAUCAAAAGGAAAACAAAUAGAUGAGGGGGGAAAAAAAAGGACUUGGGGAAAGUAAACAAAGAUAAAAGAGGAAUGAGAAUUGUCUUGGCAUUAAGCUCACUUGAUGAGAAUUGUAGCAGACAAGUCUUCCUUGAAAUGUUUUUCCCUGUUAAGAGCCGCCUUUUAUUAUGUGUUUAUAAGAUGUUGUUAAGGGAGGGGGAUUUCAGAAAUGCCUUUUUAAUACUUUUUAAAGGUUUCUAACUCCCUGGUGCUAUUUUUUUAGGUUAAGGAUUUUUAAUGUUGAACAUGUUGCGGGUUUUUGUACAAUCUUCUAAAAAUAAAAGAAAUGUAUCGUUUUGAACACAUUGUACAUGGUUUUUUGUAU